GCAGCCCCUCCCCUCCGCCAGUUCAGCGAGCCGCGGCUCCCCGGCACUCCCAGUGCCCCCCGCGCCCAGCGGGCCCAUCGCCCCGGAAGCAGAACAGCAGGCGCGUGGGGACGUGGCCAAGAGGCAAGGCCUCCCAUUGGCCGCCAGCGUCCCGUGCGUCACAUCCCCUGCCGCGCGCUGAUUGGCCGCGGCGCAAACCGUCGGUAUUUGAAUCGGCGGCGGGCGGUCUCACUCCCGGACUCGGCGCUUCCGCACCUUCGGCUCCUUGCAGCGGCCUGCAGAAUGAGUCUGCAGAUCUUCAAUGACAAAAAUGUCACUGGUGACAAAAGUACAGAAAACUGUGACUUCCUGUUUUUACCACCGGAACUUACCGGAAGAUCUACUGUUCUGCGUCUGUCACAGAAAGAAAAUGUGCCACCCAAGAGCACUGCCAAAGCAAUGAAGGCAAGCGUGUUGUGCCUGGGGAAGGUAACUUUUCAGACACCUCUGAGGGACCCACAGACACACCGGAUUUUAAGUCCUAGCAUGAGCAGCCAAUUUGAGCUUUGUUUUGCUCUGGAUGACACCAUUGGAUUAGAAAACUCCCAUCAAAUCUGGACCCAGAAAGAGAACCAACAGUUUGCUAAGGAAGUGGACACCAAAACAACCAAUGGAAUUCAACAGAAACCAGCAGUGGCUGAUGCCAACCCACCUCCAGGGCACUUGAGACCAGCCUCUGAAGACAGGUGUUCCAGCAGACCCACCUCAGCUCCCCUGACUAGCCUGGGUCCCUCCGGCUCUUCCCAGAUGCUGGGAAGUCCUCAACACCAAGCGGCAUCCCCAGCACAGAUGUCUGGGAGCCUUGGACGAUCCUCCGAGGAAAGUGCUCACUCCUCCUCCUCAGAGUGGAGCGUCACGUCUGCCUCUGACGUCCUGGAAGACCCUCCUGGAACGGCACCCCAGGAUAGACCGGAGGACACCCCCAGAGCCGCCGGAGGAGGCGGGGGCUGCAUCUCUGCUUCCUCACCCACCUUGCCACACGGUGCUCACCCUCAGGGGGCACGCAGAGAAGGGCCCCUCGCAGGCCUGCCUGGCGAAGCCCCAGCCCGCCCUGAGGAUGCUUCUGGCCCCGAGAACACCGCCCCAGCUAGCCCUCAGGAGGCCGAGGGCGCCAUGUCUCCACGUUCUCAGGCGGAAGGGGCCAGCGGCCGGAGGGCCGACCCCUCGCCAGGCGGGCCUGCGAGGCUAGAAUUUGACUUCUCUGACCAGACCUCCAGCGAAAGGUCACCCCCACCAGGGACCCUGGGGAAGAGACCUGGCCUCAAAGCCCCUUUGAGAGGGCCAGAAGCAGGGCAGAAAGAGGCCCUCACAGAGGCAGGCAAGGGUCCCGUUCUGCCUCCUUGGGGAUCUCACAUCCUGGACUGGGACAAGCUGGAUGACCCAAGCUUCGACCUGUCCAGAGGUGGUGGGGAGGCCUGGCCCUCGCAGCAGCCCAAGAGCAGAUCAGCCAGGCCUGUGGCCAAGCAGCUGAGCGUUGGCCCCAUGGCCACAGAGGACUUGCCUUUGAGCCAGCAGGUGCCAGAAGCCUCAGUGGAUGGCAUGCCCCUGGUGACAACCUCAGCAGGGACCAGAGAAGCGACGGGUGAGGAGGGGACCGCGGAUUCUCCGGGUGCACUGGCCCCCUCCAACAGCCCAGGCAGCGAGCCCUCUGCCCUGCCUGCUGCUCCAGCAUGCCCUGCUCCUCAGCGGGGGCCAGAGCCCACCACGGACCCAGAGGAGGAGCGCUUCCGAGACCCGGCCGAGGUUUUAGGCACGGGGGCCGAGGUGGAUUACCUGGAGCAGUUUGGGAUGUCCUCAUUCAAGGAGUCAGCCCUGCGGAAGCAGUCCUUGUACCUCAAAUUUGACCCACUUCUGAAGGACAGCCCUCAGAGGCCGGCAGCUGCAGCCCCCAAGAGCAGCAGCAUGCAGGUGGCAGACGCACCUUCUUUGGAAGGUCCUGAAGUGAAGCUGGUGGAACUUGACUCCCCGGGAGCUGCAGGUGUCCCCGUGCUGUGCCCUCCUCUGUGUGUUCUCGGGCCCCUGCAGCCACCCCUGGGCCCCAUCGUGGACAUGCUGCAGUACAGCCAGAGGGACCUGGAUGCGGCAGUGGAGGCAGUUCAGAAGGAGAACCUGCUGCUGCGGAGCCAGUGUGAGGCCCUGCACGCCAAGAACCUGGAGAUGGGGAAGAUCAUGGACGGGUUUGAGGGGAUCGUGUACCAGGCGAUGGAGGAGGCUCAGAAACAGAAGGAGCUCUCCAAAGCCGAGAUCCAGAAGGUUCUGAAAGAAAAAGACCAACUGGCCACAGACCUGAGUUCCAUGGAGAAGUCGUUCUCUGACCUUUUCAAGCGGUUUGAGAAGCAGAAGGAGGCGAUCGAAGGCUACCGUGCGAACGAAGAAUCGCUGAAGAAGUGUGUCCAGGACUACAUAGUCAGGAUUGAAAAGGAAGGCCAGAGGUACCAGGCGCUGAAAGCCCACGCGGAGGAGAAACUCAGGCUGGCCAAUGAGGAGAUCGCCCAGGUCCGGAGCAAGGCCCAGGCAGAGGCCCUGGCCUUCCAGGCAAGCCUGCGGAAGGAGCAGACGCGCAUCCACUCACUGGAGACGGCUGUGGAGCAGAAGACUAAAGAGAAUGAUGAACUGACACGGAUCUGUGACGACCUCAUUUCCAAGAUGGAGAAGAUCUGACGCGGGCCCAGCCUGCCUGCGCUGCCGCCGUCCACCCACCUAUCUGUGGAAGGUUCCAUGUUCUUUUUUCUGUUACCCUCAACCUGUUUUUAAACUAGAUUACUUUAACAAGACUAAAUAAAGUUUCCCUCAAGUUGAAA